AUCUAUUUUCACUACACUAAUUAGUUUAGACAAAAAUAACAUAGAGAGAAUCACUUCACUUCAAGUUCAAGAACAAGAGAUUAAGUGUUAACUAAACGUCUAAACCCAACAACACUGCAAAAAAUGAGUGUAAAACACAUUUGGUUUUGGACAGUACUCACUUUUCUGUUUCUGUUUUUUCUAUUGACCAAUUCAGAAUCAGAAAAUGUUAGAAAAGCCCUUGUCACGUUCAUGCAUAAACUUGAACCACCUGAUCAGAAUUUCAUAUGGGGUUGGAACCUCACAUCAGAUCCUUGCACUCAUAACUGGCACGGUGUAACUUGCUCUGCAAACAACCAAUACAUUAAGAGCAUAGUUCUUGAAGAACUUAAUCUCACCGGUGUUCUAGACGCAACUUCUCUUUGCAUUUCUACAUCUCUUCAAUUCGUCAGCCUCAAUAAUAACAAUUUACAUGGUUUUAUAUCAGAGGAUAUAAGAAAUUGCAAGUUCUUGACACACUUGCUUCUUAGUGGUAACAAAUUCUCUGGCAGUCUUCCUGUUUCGAUUCCUCGACUACGUAACAUGAAGCGCCUUCAUGUUUCCGACAAUCACUUCACCGGGGACCUUCCUAAUAUGGUAAAUGUUACAAGUUUGAUAUCAUUUCUAGCUCAAAACAACUACUUCACCGGUCAGAUUCCUGAUUUUGAUUUCUCAAACUUUGAAGCUUUUAAUGUCUCUAACAACGAUUUACGCGGUCCUGUUCCUGACGUUAGAGGUAGAUUUGGUGCUGAUAGUUUUUAUGGUAAUCCUAAUUUAUGUGGAAAACCAAUUUCAAACUCUUCAUGUCCACCACCAUCACCACCUCCUCCUUCAAUUGUUAAGAAAGAAAAAAUCAUAAAUCAAUUUCUUGAUGAUUUACCAAUUUAUUCAGGUUACAUAGUUAUUGGUUUAAUUUUAUUGAUUUUCUUGAUCUAUAAGUUGUUAAUAAAAUGCAUGACCAAAGAUAAAGAAAAAGGAUUAGAUCACGUUGAAAAGAAGGACAUAUCACAAGACACUAGUGUUGUUGUUGGUGGUGGUGAAAAGCUUAGUGAGAUACUUAAUUCCAAUGGAUCAAAGAAUUGGUUUACUGGCCUUGGAAUGAGAUCAGAGUAUUCUAUGACAUCCAUGGAAAGUGGAGUGACUACAUCAGGUCUCGUUCUUCUUUCUAGUAGAAAGCUAAGGGGAUUGCAAUUUGAGGAUUUGUUAAGUGCUCCUGCUGAAUUGAUUAGGAGAGGAAAACAUGGAAGCUUAUACAAGGUUAUGUUAGAUAAUGGUGUGCUUUUGGCUGUUAAGAGGAUCAAGGAUUGGGGAAUUUCAAAGCAUGAUUUUGAGAGAAGGAUAAAUUUGAUAGCUCAAGUGAAGCAUCCUCUUGUAAUGUCACCUGUUGCAUACUAUUGUUCUCAGCAAGAGAAGCUUCUGGCUUAUGAAUAUCUUCCAAAUGGUAGCCUCUUCAUGUUGCUCUAUGCAGGAUCUCAAAGCGGACAUUCGCUUGACUGGAGGAGCAGACUAGAUGUUGCUACUAAGAUAGCUGAUGCUUUGGCCUAUCUGCACGAAGAGCUUAGUGAGAGUGGAAUAUCACAUGGCAACUUAAAAUCAAGUAACAUUCUGUUUGACAAGAAUAUGAAUCCACAAAUAAGCGAAUAUGGCCUAAUGGUUUCUCAUAUAAAAAGCAUAAAAAACAGAAAUAUGUCGUCAGCCACAUUCAGAGCAGAUAUAUACGCCUUUGGUGUGAUACUUCUGGAACUCCUGACAGGGAAAGUGGUUAAAAACGAUGGAUUGGAUUUGGUUAAAUGGGUGAAUUCAGUGAUCAGUGAAGAAUGGACUGCAGAAGUUUUUGACAGGUACCUAAUCACACAAGGUGCUUCUGAAGAGAGGAUGGUGAACUUGUUGCAGGUGGCAUUGAAAUGCACAAAUCCUUCUCCAAAUGACAAGCUAACUAUGCGUCAAGUGGCACUCAUCACAAAUGCAUUGAAAGAUGAAGAUGACAAAUCCAUAUCCUUUGACACAUCGAGAGUUUAGUCAUUAUAUCAUAUCAUAUACUAUUUGAAAUUCUGGUACACAGUAGACAAGUGUUGUCCACGAUGUGCAGACACUUGUCGUAACACUUGUCUUAGCAGUAAGAACAAUAAAACAGAGCAUUAAAAACAUAUACUGAAAAGCAUAAACGACACACAUAAUUGUUAACCCAGUUCAGCCUAACAGCCUAAUCUGGGGGAUACCAAUCCAGGAGGAAAUUCACUAUCAGCAGUAUUAAUUCAGAGCUAAACUCCCCCGUUUACAACUCCUCACUUAAUCCCUACCCAAUGACACUUCUACCUAGGAACUCCUAGAUAUGAGACCCCGUCUCACUCCCCUCAACCUUACAACCAGUAAGGAUUUCAAUAACAGCAUAAUGGAGACACUCUCCUUGACAAAGAUGAAGACACACUUCAAUAACAUCACCACAUAGCCAACGACUAAGUUCACAAUUUGGAGUUACUUAAAAGCUUCCUCCAAUUACAAUACUCAACUCAUUACCUAUAGGUUUCUGAGUGAGGACAUAGUGACCAUCUCACAACCCGAGUGGUUCACUUUACACCAACUCUCCUAGAGAGUGGCUUAAAGACACGAAACCCUUAAAAGACUACAUCUUUGAUAUUCUAUUUUAGCUUCAAGUUUCGGUAAAUAAUAAGGGUUAGCAGCACCCUUUAAAUAGUAGAGCCUCGUGGGCUUUUCAUAAUGCUUCAACUCCAAUAAAUCUUCUAGAUGCAAAAUAUAUAUUUUUACCAAA